AUGUGGAGGAGGUAGACGCACCAUUCAGCGCGGCGGAAGGCACGAGGAGGAGGUGUGAAGCAAAUCGCUUGAGACGAACGAGUCGCUCAUUCAUUCAUCCGUUCAACAACGGCAUCAUUAGUCCUGUACUGUCCAUAAUUGAAUGCAUCGCAUGAGACGAACGGGUCGAGGAGCAUGGAGCAGCAGUUCUCGGGACUUUGGCGGCCUCGGAGGACCCGUUGCGCACCAGAAGGUGACAGAGGACAGCGGCACACAUCCGCACCAACUCGUAGUCUCACCUCGCGCGCGCCAAAGCACCGCUCACCAAGACGCCAAGAGUGAUCUCGGCGUCCACACUCUCAGACUCCCACCGUCCCAUUCCCACAUUUCACCUCCCACGUCAGUGGUAGACCCAGCCCGAUCCCCAUCCCCAGCUGCCAGCGCAAGUCACACCCUCCCAGCUUCCCAGACUCGCUGUGGCACACUGUGGCACACAAACUCCUCGCACUCCCAUGCUGUCAUAUCCAGCCUCCUCGUCUCAAGCCUGCUCUCCCUCUCUCUUCAACAUAAAUACCCUCCCCGUCUCUCGUGUUUCCUCGCCUCUCCAAUCUCUUAGCCGCGCUCCUCAUUUCCUAUCCUCUCAUCUCCUACCACCUCAUCUACCGUCUCCU